GCAAAAAGAAGCUUACAUAAACUUAUGGAACACAGAGAGUCGAACAAAAAUGAGGUAAAAUACAGAGGCGUACGGAAGCGUCCAUGGGGAAAAUACGCGGCGGAGAUACGCGACUCGGCUAGACACGGUGCUCGUGUUUGGCUCGGGACGUUUAACACAGCGGAAGACGCGGCUCGUGCCUAUGAUAGAGCCGCUUUCGCCAUGAGAGGCCAUAGGGCCAUUCUCAAUUUCCCUCACGAGUAUCCAAUGAUGAGGGAUGGUCCAAGCGGCGGUAUAGUGGCUUCUUCGUCACCGUCGGAGUUUAGAGGAGGAGACGGUGGUGGUGAAAAUGAAGUGAUUGAGUUUGAGUAUUUAGACGAUAGUUUGUUGGAAGAGCUUCUAGAAUGUGGAGAGAGUUAUAACCAGGAUGUUUGGAAUGAGGCAAACCGUUAAUUAGAUAGUGUCACUUAUUUUGUUUAUUUUUCUUUCAAUUGUAUUAGAUCACUAUAUUCAUUUCUCACAGUAUCUAAGA